AUGGUUCAAAGGCACGCAAUUAGUGGACAAGCACUUAUUAGAACAACAUCUCAUGAAUUUGAAGAUCAACAUUUAGUUGACAUGAUAAUGGAUGUAUUGUCGGAACGUGGAUUUCACGUAAUGUUUGAUGAUAGGGUUCGUGAACUACCAGUUAGAAUUGAUAUGAAGACACAUGAAAUUAUUCUGGAAAA